AUGGUUCACUACAAGCUGACAUAUUUACCAUUCCGUGGUCUUGCUGAGAUUAGCCGGCAGAUAUUUGUCGUCGCAGGGAAGGACUUCGAAGAUGUCCGGUACAGUUUUGAGGAAUUCGCGAAACAUAAAGACGAAAUGCCGUUCGGUCAAGUGCCAGUGCUGGAAGUCGAUGGAAAGCAGCUUGCCCAAUCCCACUCGAUCGCUCGCUAUCUGGCUAAACAGUUUGGUUAUGCCGGCAAGAACGCAUGGGAUGAGGCGCUUGUCAACUCAAUUGCUGAUCAGCAGAAAGACCUUCUCUUUGAAAUUCGUCCAUACUUCAGGGUUUUGCUCGGUUUCGACAAAGGUGAUUUGAACGCUCUGGGUAAAGACCUUUUCGUGCCAAGCCACCACAAAUUCUUCACUUUCAUAACAAAAAUUCUCAAAAACAACAAAACUGGCUACCUUGUUGGAGACUCGCUGACCUGGGUUGAUCUGCUUGUGGCUGAAAUGGCCACAUGGACGAAAAAGUUCCCAACUCUUUACGACGGCUUCCCUGAGGUAAAAGCCCAUGCAGAAAAGAUCCGCUCGAUUCCUGCACUGAAGAAAUGGAUCGAAACUCGUCCUGAUACUGUUCUCUGA